AUGAUGAGAGAUGUUCAAAAUCCUGAACCUGAAAAUAAAGAACCUAGAAGGCGAUCAAGAAGGAUCAAUGUAGCUCCAACCCUGCUUUAUUAUUACAGACCCUGGAAAAGAGGUGUAACAUUGCUAGAGUUUGUGCAGAACAAGAAGAAAAUAAUUGACAUUGAAAAUAUGUUGCCAAUGGUCUUUGAUGUUCUCAAACGAUGUUUGGAAUUUGAUACAAGCUCCAUUGAAUACACCAAACAACUAUUAUUAUCAUGCAUCCUGCAUUGUUGCAACAAAAUAUUUCAGAUGCGCGAUAUCAAAGAAUUGCCUGAUAAUAUUUUCAAUAUUGAAUUAGUUGUACAGUGCAUCAGGCUACAUCAAUCCUCAACACAUCACCAUGCAUUAAUGCUUUUGUGUCAAAUGGCCGAGAUUGUACCAGAUCAAGUAUUACAUAAUAUGAUGGCAAUUUUCACAUUUAUGGGUUCUUCGGUUUUACGUCAUGAUGAUGCUUAUAGUUUCCAAAUUAUAACAAAACUAAUUGAAAGUGUUAUUCCCAACUACUGUAACUUUGGAGAAAAACAUUAUUCCGUUACUGCAGUUUUUGUUGGAGUUCUAUUGGAUAUACCAGAACACAGAAGAAUACCUUUAUUUAAAAAAUUAAUUGAUACUUUAGGUGCAGAACAUUUUCUCUGGUUGUUCCUUGGCUUAGUUUUUGAGUCUCAAGUUUUGCACGAAGAGAAUAAUAAAGAUAAGACAUCACAAAGGCGUUUGGAUAUUGCCAGCACACUAACAAGAGAAUAUGCACCAAAUGUUAUAAUUCAAAGUUGUAACAAAUUACUUAUUUAUGUAAAACUUUACCCAUUGAUAAAGACAGCCAUAGACCAGGGUCCAUGGAUAAUACUUUAUAUUCAAUUACAAUGUUCAUACACCAAACAAUUAAGGCAUUUCAAAUACACUUUGAUAACUUUCAUAAGUGGUUUGAUCUCUUCACCCACUUUUCAUGAAUACAUAGCUGUCCUGAAGGAAGCAGAGAUGUCUAAACUAGAAAGUUUAUAUAAAACUAUGAUAGUUAACACAUUGACUUUCAUACAAUUAUUGUCAAAAUGUGAUAAAAGCAUGGGAACACCACAAGCCAAGUAUUGGAAAGUCAUGCUUCAUCAUGCUUAUGACAUUUUGGAUAGCGUGAACGGUCUGCUUUCAGCUGAUAUGUUCUUGUUAGUGACUAAGGGAUUGAUGUCUCACAAUUUAGCUACAGUUCGGCGCAAAGCUAUGGAGUUAAUAAAUAGGAUACAACAUAAUAUAACAUUCUUUGAUAAUUGCAACAAAGAAACCUUAUUUGGAGUAUUGGAGCCUCUGACUAAAGUUAUUGAAACUAUAAGUGAGCAAACUGAUGAAAAUACUAAUGUUUUGGAAAUAGAAAUGAAUCAACAAACAGCAUUACUAGCAAUGAAACUGUUAUCAAAGUUAUUAGGACCUGUACAACCAUUAAAAUUCAAGCCAAUAUUAUCUCUCGUUACUGGGUAUACUGCACAACCAAAUAAUAUUCAGCAAAAUGUUUUAUCAUCAGUUGUUUUAUGCUUAGCUGAGUUAUGUAACAAUUUGGGUUCAAAUGCUAUUGAAAAUAUACCUACAAUUAUGCCAGCUUUGAUAAAUAUACUAAAAUCACAAAACAGUGCUGAAACUGUAGAUCUUUUAUUAUUGAGUACUAUUACUGCAUUGCAGAAAAUAGUUGAAUGCUUAGCACUAUUUUUGAGUCCAUACAUAGAAAAAAUAAUGUAUGAACUGGCUCUUCUAAAAUGUAAAUUUAAUGAAGAAAAUCAACAUUCUUCACUUCAUGCUAAAUUGAAAACUAUAUCAGGCAAAAUAUCUAGUGCAUUGGCUCCUCGUGUUUUAAUACCUGCAGUUAAGGAAAGUUACUUAAAAUUGAUCAAAAAGCGCAAUUAUAAUGCUGUAGCAUUUGUUAUGAACACACUUUCAGAAAGUUUUGUAAAUAUAUCAAAUGCUGAUUUUUCAGCACAUCAAAUAGACUUGACGAACUUCUUUUUGGAAGCUUUACAGUUUAGAAGUGACAUUGUUGAGGACAACAUUACAGAAACUGAGAUUGAAGCUGUUGAAAGUCACAUUUUCAAUGCAUUUGUAUCUUUGGUUCUUAAAUUAUCUGAAUCUUCAUUCAAGCCUUUGUAUUAUAGGCUUUUUGACUGGGCUGCUACUAGCAGUUCUAAUAAAAACCGUUCAAUAACCUUUUAUCGAUUAUCAAAUAAUAUAGCAGAAAGCUUAAAAGGUUUAUUUGUUCUAUUCGCUGGUUGUUUCAUAAACAAUGCAUGUGUGUUAUUAGAUAGCUGCAAUAUAAUAAAGACUGACAAACUGUAUUUUGAUGAACCAGAAAAAUGUAUAAUUCUAGUUGAAAGCAUUAUGAAAACCUUGUAUUCCGUAUUUUUAUACGACAGCCAGAAUUUCAUUAAUAAAGAGAAAUUUGAAAUAAUAAUGCAACCAUUAGUUGAUCAAUUAGAAAAUAACUUAGGCAAUCUCACAGAAUUGAGAGAAAGGGCAAAAAGAAUUGUAAUACCUUGCAUUGCACAGCUUGCUGUUGCUUGUGGCGAUGAUUCAUUAUGGAAACAGUUGAAUUAUCAAGUAUUAUUGAAAACUAGACAUUCUUCUUCAGAAAUCAGAUUAUGUGGUCUGGAUGCCACUUGUGAAAUAGCCCAAAAAGUUGGAGAAGAUUUCUUACCUUUGUUGCCAGAGACAAUUCCAUUCUUAGCUGAACUUUUAGAAGACGAGGAUACAGAAAUUGAAUCAAGUUGUCAGAAAGCUAUACAACAAUUAGAAGUUUCAAUUGGUGAAACACUGCAAAAAUAUUUUUAAAUAAAUUAUGAAAUUGAAAGAGAAGUAAGUGUUCUAUUACAGCACUUACCAUGCAAGUUGAUGCUUGAAGUAUAUUUUUGAAUUGUAAAUAUAUUUAAUA